AUGUCAGACAAAGAGGAUAACAACCCUCAAACCCCUCAGCAAGAGAACAAUAACCCCCAGGAAGAGAAUAACAACCCGGGGUCCCCUCAACCCAAGGAGGAGCAGGACGUUGAACCCAAGCAAGAGUCUCACUCUGACACUGAGUCUAAACAAGACCCCCAGCCUGACCCUAAGCCACAAGAAGAAAAAUCCCAACCCGACGCUGAACCCAAGCAAGAGCCUCAGUCGGAAGCCGAGCCCGAACCUCAACUCCAGCCUCAGAAAGAAGAACCUCAGCGGCGUCCAAGGAGACCCCGCCCACAGAAGUACCAACAGGACUCGGACACAGAAAAUAUCGACCGCGGCGGCAUGGACAACACCGCUGUGGAGAAGCCCCGUCGUCAGCGCCGAUCACGUCGCCAGCAACAAGACGGCGGCCCCCUCGGCGGCCUCGGUGGUGUAGACCAGGCUGGUGACCUCGUACAAAACACGGCCGGUAAUGCCGUCAAUGGCGUGACCAACACCGCCGGCAAAGCCGUGGGAGGCAUCUUAGGCGGCAACAAAGGGGAAGGACAGGACGAUAGCGGCGGCAAGGACGAGCAGCUGCGGUUGCGGCUGGACCUGAACCUGGAUAUUGAAGUGCAACUCAAGGCUAAGAUCCACGGUGAUCUAACACUCGGCUUACUGUCAGUUCAACUCUCCCCCCUCUUACCAUCUCGUCUAAAAAUAUCAAGCUAA